GCGCAGCGGCGGUGCAUUGACGCGCGGCGAUUGGGUGAGCGAGCAGCUAAACUGUAUUGUACAGUAAAAAGACCAAGACGCCGAUAACAAAAACAACAGCUGCGGCCGCACGAGGCCAACUAAGGACAUACUCGCACUUUCCGGGCUCACGCUAUAAACAUUUCGGAUGUCACGAUGGCUGCACACUUCACUAUAUCAGACAGCGAUUCAGACCCAUCUGAGGAGGUAGAAGAAGGAGAAAAUAAUCAACUAUCCACCAAGCAAGAGCAGCAGCUUGGCCAACGCCACUCCCUCACCAUGCCUGAGCUCAGAACACCAGCAACUGGUCGAAUCAGGCUGAACUCAGAGUCCCAUGCUUCCACUGUCUCCAGAGAUGAGGAGCUUCAGGCUAGGGGGGAAGACGAGGCGGGUACGCCCACUGACGGCUUUCCAUUCAGGGGGCGGUCCAAGUCAGCUCCACCUGCUUUGUGGGCAGCCAAGAAAUAUGGACGGCAGCUCCGAAGGAUGAGCGACGAGUUUGACAGCCUGCUAGAUAAAGGGGAAAUGAGGAAGGUGAAGAGUGCUGGGACGGCCAAACAGAUGCACCACUCCAAGAGCUGGUGGAGCUACCUCUUCAGUCACCAGGAGAUGGAGGGCGAGAGCAACCACCAUGAUAACCACACUCACCGCACUGAAUAGACACUGAGAGAGGACACAAGCUUUGCUGAACGGAGGAAUCGAUAAAAUUGAGAGAAAAGCAACGGGGAAGCCAAGAGAACAAAAAAGACCUGCUCUGGGAAGGACCAGAAGAAAGGCUGGGUUGAACAAGAGCGAGAGAGAUCCAAACACGAAGGCAUGGCUAAGUGGAUGGCUAAGUGUCCCAUCGUAGUCGUGUCAUUUUUAUACGUCAUUGGUAACCACAUUUAAAUGAAUUUUUUUUAUUGUGUUGGUUGUGAUGUUAACGAUAUUUCUGGGCAGCCCACUGUGACAUGGUAAAAGUAAGUCAGGCGUGAGGAUAAACUGUUAGCUAUCUGAAUCCCAUAGAAUGGAUAAAAUGGCAGGCUGAGAGAGGAGAGAUGAUCUCUUGAGGACACAAAGAAAGACUAGCAAAUAAGUGGAUUGAAGCAGUGACCACUCAGUUAAAAGUUAUCUCUCACAUCGACACUAUGCAAUAUGCUGUAGAUGGAGAGAUCACUGAAAUCAAAACACCCGACUGUUUGAGGCCUCCUUGAAUGCUGUUAGAAUUUCCUUCCUCAUUUUCGUGAGGAAACCAAUGUCAGUGUGUUAUUAAUGCUUGUUUUGCUCCAAAUGUUUGUGCAUGACAAACACAAAGCUCAUGGAGACCACUGUAAAUGUGUGCCAAAUAUCUACAAGCAUCAGAGGAAAGAGUGUAAAAGGGAAGGAUUUUUUUAAAGUAUUCAGCUCGGCCCUUCAUCCAGCUUCCUGUUUUACUACCUGUAAACCAGUACCAUUCAAACAACUGUACUUGACUAUCAUUAACUGCUUUAUAUCUCAAAUUUAUCAAAAGAAGAACAAUCUUGUACAAAGACAAUCUCUGAUGAUGCAGAAAUACUAUCUUUUGUAAAACUUCAGGGUUAGAUUAUAUCUGAAGACAUUAAACAUACAUAUAAAAGCACAAACCAAUAUGAAUCUAUCUUUUUAAAGCCUUGGGUGAGCAAAAAAAAAAACAGACUUUGGAGCUUUUAUGUGUAAAUAUUUUGUUAA